CACACUUGGUUUACACCUGGGGUGUAUUUGGGUAGAGCAAGAGUUGGCCAUGAAGGCUGUGAAAGGCUUCUGUGUUCUUUUCACGCUGCUCCUGUGUGUCGUUGACUCUGGAAGGACUGGGAAAAUACUUGUAUGGCCCAUGGAUUUUAGCCACUGGAUUAAUUUAAAAGUUAUCCUGGAAGAACUCCAUCUUCGUGGGCAUGAGAUAACUGUGCUGGUGCCUUCGCCGAGUCUUCUGCUCGAUCAUACUAAGAUUCCCUUUAAUGUGGAAGUCCUCCAGCUUCAGGUAACCAAAGAAACCCUCAUGGAAGAGCUCAACACUGUUCUCUACAUGUCUUCUUUUGAAUUGCCAACACUUUCCUGGUGGAAGGUGCCAGGAAAAAUGACAGAAAUGGGCAAGCAAUUUUCAAAGAACCUCAGAAGAGUGUGCGACAGUGCUGUAAUGAACAAGGAGUUGCUGGACAGGCUUAAGGCAGCUAAGUUUGAUGUCUGUUUGGCUGACCCUUUAGCCUUUUGUGGAGAGUUGGUGGCCGAGCUCCUCAAUAUUCCAUUUAUAUAUUCUUUCCGGUUUUCUAUUGGAAACACCAUAGAGAGAAUCUGUGCUGGGCUUCCCACCCCUUCUUCAUACGUUCCUGGGAGCACAUCAGGACUGACAGACAGCAUGUCUUUUGUACAGAGACUGAAAAACUGGUUAUUCUAUCUAAUGAACGAUAUGAUGUUUUCACAAUUUUUAUUUUCAGAAUGGGAUGAGUAUUACAGCAAGGUUUUAGGGAGACGUACCACAAUAUGUGAGAUUAUGGGGAAAGCUGAAAUGUGGUUGAUACGAAGUUACUGGGAUUUUGAAUUUCCACGCCCUUAUUUACCUAAUUUUGAAUAUGUUGGAGGACUACACUGCAAACCUGCAAAGCCCCUGCCUGAGGAAUUGGAAGAGUUUGUACAAAGCUCUGGAAAUGAUGGAGUAGUCGUAUUUACUCUGGGUUCAAUGAUCCAAAACCUCACAGAAGAAAAGUCGAAUCUGAUUGCAUCAGCUCUUGCCCAGAUUCCACAGAAGGUUCUGUGGAGAUACACAGGAAAGAAACCAGCUACAUUAGGACCCAACACCAGGCUCUUUGAAUGGAUUCCACAGAAUGAUCUUCUUGGUCACCCCAAAACCAGAGCUUUUAUCACUCAUGGUGGAACAAAUGGGCUCUAUGAAGCGAUUUACCAUGGGGUUCCCAUGGUGGGGAUUCCCUUGUUUGGUGAUCAACCUGAUAAUAUUGCUCGUGUUAAGGCCAAAGGGGCAGCGGUUGAUGUGGACUUGAGAAUUAUGACAACUUCAAGUUUGCUUAAAGCAUUGAAGGAAGUUAUUAAUAAUCCUUCCUAUAAAGAGAAUGUCAUGAAGUUAUCAAGGAUUCACCACGAUCAGCCCCUGAAGCCCCUGGAUCGAGCAGUCUUCUGGAUUGAGUUUGUCAUGCGCCACAAAGGGGCCAAGCACCUUCGGGUUGCAGUCCACGACCUCACCUGGUUCCAGUACUACUCCCUGGAUGUGCUUGCAUUCUUGCUGACCUGUGUGGCAACCAUUAUUUUCCUAGCCACAAAAUGUUGCUUGUUUUUUUGCAGGAGGUUUGGUAAGACAGGAAACAAGAGAAAGAGAAAGUAGUGCUUUCUAGACAGUUUGGCUGGAAAUCAGUAUAGAUCAGUGAGAUGAGUAACAGUCAUGGAUUCAACAGAUUGUUCCUUUUCUCUCAUGUAUUCUAGGACAUUCAUCAGUUUUUCAGAUCAGGGAGCAAAGAAUCACCCAGAAAGUUUGUGCUUGUCUUAGAAACGUAUAAUGGUUGUGUCUCAAUGUAUUUCCGUACUUUGUUGUUUCAGAAAAUCAGUUACGUUUGACUAGUUACUGUGAUUCAAGGUAUGCUAGGGAAAAGUAUAUGACUAAAAUGUAAUAUCUAUAUUUUUGAAACAAGUUUAAAAAUAUUUUAAAUUUGUCUGACAUAAUUUUUCUUCUAGUUGUAUAUGAAAAAGAGAUUUAAAUAUUUACUGAAAUAUACAUAGUUUGGGGAAAAAUGCAUUCUGUAGAAAUGCUAUUAGCAUUUGAAUUUAUUAACAAGCCUUAGCUAGAACUCUGCAUGAACAUGAAGACACUAGUUGAAUUUUAAGAGAAGAAAGGAUAUCUUUCUUUCAUUGUCUUAGAAAGACUUUCCCCCAAUUCUUUGUUCUUGAAGUCAGAGAAUUAUUACUGGGAUAGUGUUAAUGGAAUUAAAUUUUCACUAAAUUAUUGUCCAAUAUUUGUCAUUCAUAAGCUAAGCUAUGUAAACUUAAAAUUUAGCUUUAUCUUAGUACAAUAUAUUAACAUUUGUGUGAUUAUUUUUGUAAGGUAAUGAUAACACAAAUAAGAGAACAUUAAGCAAUUUACUUGUAAUUGAGAAUACAUUAUAAAGAAAUUUAAAGUCAUAAUUCAUAAGAUGCUGAAUUAUAAGUGGUAAUGAGAUUUUUUUCUCCUGUAACAGACUUUUAAAUCAUAGUUUAAUUUUUGACCAUUUAAGUCAAACUCAACCCAUCUCCUUACUUUUUCUUUUGUAAAAUGACAUAACAAAGAAGAGUUUACAUUCACUCACAUUUGGAUAACUUGUUUGCUUUUUCUAAGUUUAUUAAAAAAAACUACAUUGAUACAAUAUUGAGUACAUUCUAAUAGAUCUUAUAAGCACCGACAUAUUUAAAAAGAACAAGUAUCUACCUAUUCAAUCAUAAUUGCAAUAAUAAAUUAAUCAUAUUAACAUUUCAGUGAUAAUUGUAAAUAUACAGAGGCAAAAGAUUGUAACCUUUUUCCAAUUUAAAUUGAAUAUAAAUGCAUUUUCGCAAGUUUAAUGACCUCUGUCUUUCUUAGUUAAAAUGACAUUAAAUAAAAUUUUUAAAAUGUAGGAGAAAAAAUGCUUUAUUUCUAAUGUUACAACUAAUAUCUGACUAUAAAAUGAAAAGCUGAUCAAUCUUCUUUAUUGUCACUUAAUUGACAAUGCCAAUCGGCACAUCACAACAGUGAGUUUAUGUUCAUGUGACAAUGUAUGCAAAAAAUUUUGUUCCAUAUGCUAUGAAUAAAUAUAAUUAUUAUCAUCGUGUGUCUUGAAAUUUUAAAAUGGCCAGUAUUUGCUUGAUGAUUGGCUUCCUUAUGGGCAUGUAUUCGAUUCAUUUCUGUUAUGUUUAUGAAAAAUAAAGUUUGAUCUGCAGGCUUAAAUCUAA